UACCAAAACUUGUACAUUUCACCCUUACAGCCAGUUCUUCAAAAUAAUGUCCAACGAAACACUUGAAAACAGUUAAGGGGAAAGAACGCAGUCCAGCUCACGUCAUUGUUACUCUUCACAAGUCAACAGUUACUUAUCCCACAGGCCGGGAGUAGUAGCUCUCUCUCUCUCUCUAUCUUUCUCUCUCAGGCCCAAAUAGUUCUUCCUCUACGAGGGGCACGAGCCGUUGUAAAGGCGGCGCACGACCACUGAUACACUGUAAACACUGCGGCCAACUGACUGUCAGACCGGGUGCGGGCGUGUUUCCUGUGAGUAUUCGUUACUACACCUCUGAGCCACGCCUUUAGACUGUGGUGCCAGUAGUGAGCAGCAGCAGUAGCACUGUGAGACAUGAGUGGGAUAGUGGCACUGGUGCUGGGAGGCACAGGAGAGGUUGGCCGGGAGUUGGUGCGGGAGCUGAUUGCCAACCCUGCCUUCUCCCGUGUCGUCAUGGUCAGUCGACGGGAGGUGCAGCUUGAUUCAGAUAAAGCAGAACAGAAGAUUGUGGACUUUGAGAACCUCGAUGACUAUAAAGAAGCUUUCCAGGAGGCACAGGUGUCAUUCUGCUGCCUGGGAACCACACGAGGGAAGGCAGGAACCAAGGGGUUUGUGAAGGUUGACCGAGAUUAUGUAGUCCACGCUGCUCGCCUACUGAAGGAAGCUGGCUGUCCUCAUUUCAAUCUGGUCUCCUACAGUGGUGCCAACAAGAAUGCCUUCUUCCUCUACCCUAAAACCAAGGGAGAAGCAGAGUCGAUGGUGACAGAACUUAAUUUUCCACGGCUCUCAAUAUUUCGGCCUGCUCUGCUUCUUUGUGAGCGUGAGGAGACAAGGCCUGUGGAGAAGAUAGCACAGGUUGUUGUUCGAGGUUUUGACUGGCGGAACAAAAUCAGCAUAGGGACAGAUACAGUUGCAAGAGCCAUGGUCAUCAAUGCUCUGGAACCACAGUCACCCACCAAAUCUGAGGAGUGCAAAGUGGAGAUCUUUCAAAACACUGACAUCCUGCGGCUUGGUAUUGACUGAUGGUCCCCCAAGAGUUGCACGUCAGCGUUGUGCCCAUGCUUGGCUAGCAGAGAUGGAGGUGAUGUUUGUGUUUGCACUUUAGGUACCUCAUCACACAAACAGCUGCACUUGGUGUGUAAAAUAUUGAUUACUACCAGUUAAUGGUGUAUAAUUGUUCAAUUUCACAUCCAUUUUACUGAGAGGUUUCUUUGAAAUGUCACUCUUAUUACAGAUGAAGUCAGUUUAUUGCCAAACUCUAUCCCACAUUUGCCUUUAAUCUAGUUUUACUAAGGUUGUGUAUGAAUGCAUAUUGAUUGUAUAAUUGUAUAUUUUGUUGAUUAUAUUUUCAUAUACUGUUGAUUAGUUUUAUCAGACCGACAAUGACACACACACACACACACACACACACACACACACACACACACACACACACACACACACACACAUACACACACACACCAUAUUUUCUGGCAUAUAAGGCAUGUUAAAGAAGUGAUUAAGUAAUUUAAAUCCAGAAGUAUGUGGCUUCAUUUCUAUCUACUAAAAUCAUAUGUUUUCUUCAAUAACAGGUGUCAUUUUGUCAGUAACAGUCAAAGGGUUAAUGACUAAGAAAAUAACCAAUAGGAUCUAAGAAAAGAUAACAUGGUAAGGAAGAUCUUAAUAUCCAGUUUUAGGGACAUGAUAUGGUCUGAUAUGCCAUCAUUUUCAUUUUCCCACAUCUGACAAGUAUGAGCAGUGAGAGGUUGGGGAUGAGAGGCUAGACUGUCUGUGUCCACACUGGUAUUGAUGGCAGCAGUAAUGGUGAUGAGCCUGGGGAAGGCAGUGAGGGGCUAGCACAGUGAUGUUUGCAUGGGGGCUCUUGAUCAGUGGUGAUUUCCAACACCCUUGUGAAAGUGGUCAUCUGUGACACAACACACACACACACACACACACACACACAGGAGGAUUCAUAGCUUUAAAUAUAAAUAUGACAAAUUAACUUUAAAAGACUGAACAUUAUGAGACUGACUCAAUCCUGUAGAAAUAUAAUUAGGUAAGAACACACAAAUUCCUUUGCAUUUUGGCCCACACAGGGGAAUAUGUUCAAUCCUUGGUGCCCAUACUCUGCAAUGGCCACCUGUACAUCACACCUGGGUGGGUCUCUCCAUUUCAUGGCCUGACACCAUAGCUGGUUUGCUCCUCCUGCAUCAUAAGUAAUGCAUUCCUUUUCUGACCCAUUCUGCCAAUCAGACCAGAUUUGGGAGAACCUCCAGUAGAGCUCCUUGAGGCCAAGUUAUCAUUUUAUUCAUUCACAAAUGCUCUCCAUGCAUCCCUUUCAUGUUAUCUGCACCUACUCCUUGCUCCACAGACUCUUAUGAUCAGUGUAUAGUUUCCCAUAACCAGUAUAAAAAAUUUCAUAUUACAUACAUGUAUUGUUAAUGAAUGGUAUUUAUUUCUUAAAUAUCAUUCUGACCAGUUUUGCUUUAGGGUGUGGUGGCACUGGUAGGAGCAGCCACCAGUCAUGGAGUUCAAAGUGGCCUCCUCAGCCAAUCAUGUAUGAGAUGCUUCAAGAAUUAAAUGUUAAUACCAAUAAUAUGAAAUUAACAAAAUGGCCAGAGAGAAGUACUUUUACAUGCAUAUUUCAUUUUCUUAGAUAUUGAUGUUGAGACGCUGCAUAUUGAUCCCUCUUGGAUCCAAUGCCCUGCUGACACUGUUCAUGUACUCCAUUUAUAAUCAAACAUUUUAUUUUAUACCUGUCACACCAAAUUCAGUUAUUUUCUUUACCAGUUACUCUCCUUUUAUUCUUUCCACAUAUAGAGUUGAAAGAUGUGAACAGUUAAAAAUGAGUGAUAUAGGAAUGUGGCAACUCCACCAUCCACUGCAGUCAUCUGUGUCAUUGUGGUGUGAGCUGAGUAGUCAGCCAUGUUGCCUCAAGGUCAUAUUGCUUACUUAUCCAUAUUUGUUGCAUUUUGCUGAUAACUAAAAAGCAUGAUGGUGGAGGGCUAGAAGCCUCUCCCUUUUCUUGCCCAUUCCCAUGAGAGGAAGUCGGAAAAUACUUGUUGGUUGAAAAUAGGAUUUGAUAUAGAUGUGAAUGCAACCAUAAAAUUGACUUAUACUUAGGAGGAAGUGGUGUCUUUUAGGGGGUAAUGAAAAAAAAAGAAUCAAAUUGAUAUACACCUUAGAUAAUCAUGUCUUCUAUGUGCCAGAAAAUACAGUGAUUACAAAUGUUAUUUAAUUUUUUUUUUUUUUUUCUAUGAAUGCAUUAAUGGUUAAAGACCCAACUUUUCCUGAGAAGUGUUAGAUGUGGUGCUACAAAUUAAUGGUGCAUUUGGUACUUUUAUAGGAUCAUGUUUUUUGAUGUCUAGGAACAAGGCAUUGAGCUUAUGUAUGUGAUAUAUUUGUUUGGUAUAUGUCACCCUUUAUAUGUAGGGUAGAUCAAGAAACUUGUGUAUGUGCUUGUGAUUAGGUGUGUAAAAGGUUGCCUUAUUUAUUCUUAAACCACCCUCAGCAAGUGGCCUGAGGGUACUCUGGUUCCUCCAGUGUGUCAUCAGGCAGUCCUGCUUGUUAUUAAUGCACAUUUCAAAAGAUAACAUCCCAGUGGGCAAAAUUCACACAAAUCUCUAACUUAACAUAUAUAUUCCCUUGGCCUUGAUUAAAAUCCAUCAAAGUCCCUAAGGCCCCGUCCACAGGAUUGGCAGACUUUGCCUGUAUACCAGGCAAAGCUUGUAUGUGACUACAUGAGAUUUGUCACCUAUAUCUGGCAGCAAAUGGUCAAAGUACCUGACAAAUUGGUCUUACCUGGUGAUUCUACUUCACCACAGGCACAGGUAUUCUGUCAGAUUUACCCAGAUAAUGGUCAUGAAAUGAGUGUCAGUCAGGCAGUGAUGGUGUGACGGGGCCUUAACCUUCAGGGAGGAGAGGACUGACCAACCUUAUGGUUAUAAACCAUAUACCAUAAACCAUAUAAAUUAUUAUUUUUUAGACUUCUUAUGUGAGAGAGGCUCUAGGGGCAAUAAAACAGGAAAAAAUAAAGUCCACUGAAGCUACCAGUCCUAAGAGAACAAUCCUAAAAUAUUUCCACAAUUAUGUUGUAAAGUGUCUUGAAACUUCCCUUUUGAAAGAGUCAUAGACAGGAGGAAAUAUAGAAAAAGGCAGGAAAUUCCAGAGUUUACCAGUAAAGGGGAUAAAAGAUUGAGAACACUGGGUAACUCUUGCAUUAAGGAAGUAGACAUAAUAUGGAUGAGAAAGAGUAGGUCAUGUGCAAUGAAGCUGUGGAAAGUAAGGAGGCAUGCAAUUAGAAUGGUCAGAAGAGCAGUUGGUGUAAAAAUAGUGAUAGAGGAUAGCAAAAGAUCCUUUUGUAAAAAAAAAAAAAAAAAAAAAAGAAGAAGAAAAAGAAAAAGAAAGACAUUUAAUUGCAGUUGACCACAUGAACUUGUGUCUCAGCUUGUCUUGACCACCUGCUUGGUAAUGGCCAUAUGUGGGACUUCAUGUGUGAGUCUGGAGAUGCUGGCUUGUUGAUGCAUUCUGCAAGCUUUCCCAGAUUUGCUUUGUGGGUGCAGGUGUUGUCUCACCUGCACUUUAGAUGCCUACAGAGCUCACUGAACUUUGUGCUUUCAAAAUCUUCCACAUGCUGACCAUGACUUGGGAAUGUACUUUAUUUAUUUAUUUAUUUUUAAUUGAAGCACAGGAAGCAAAGUAAAUACAAGAAAUGCUGUAAUAUACUAUUGAACUGUGUAAUAUUGUUCAGACUGCUGGAAACAUUUUCGGUUUGAGAAUUGACACUGCUGUGACCCCAUGUCUGGUCAAGUGAAAGGUUUAGGCUUGUUUGAAUUAGAUAUGAAACAGCUACAUGACCUUCCCCUGCUGAGCAACAUUCCUGGUGCCUUUCAUUCACCCUGGUAUUGCCUGGAUGCACAACUGAGCGCUGCCUGACAGGCAUUUGCUUAGUGUCCAUCACUUGGGCAAAUUUGAUGGGCUUCAGUCAAGUAAAAUCACCAGACAAGGCCAUGCCUUUUGUUUUUCUUUUCUUUUUUGCACAUUGUAGCAAUUAUCAUGAACAACUGUCCUGUGACGUGUCAUGGUGAUCGUACUGUGGCAGCAACUGCCAACCACCCAUUAACUACCAGUGGUAGAGUGUGACUGCUGCCACCUAGCACCCUGUGUGUAUGAUGGCACACAGGCUUUGCUCAAGAAACAGGAAAAGUUCACCAGGCACUGUUCACUCAUGUGUAUGGGACCUUAAUCACAUUUAUUCCCAUUAUUACCCUAGCAGAGCCAUGUGAUCUUACUUCCUUAGCUUGAGGCAUACCUUUUUAUCCCAUAAGGCAGCAAAACACACUUAGACCAGCACUUAUGGACACAGCAACAUGUUUUGAAGUGUGAUGUUUGUAUCACUUCAACAUGAAAGAGCAUGGUGAGGCUAAUGUAGGUGUAAGAAAAUAAAUGGGUACCAAUUCACA